AUGGCUACCCUAGAUCAAUUUCCACCUGUAAGAGAGUUAGCAGAAUCACACAUCCUGGAUCAGCCCUGGGCUUUCCCACAUCCGCUUCGUGAUCAAACCCUGGACGCCCAUUUUUCCGCGCUCCGCGCCCGCAAUUCCCCGGUUCACAAGCGCAAGGAGCGCAGCAUCUCCCCUCCUUCCGCCCUCACCGCUCCGAUUACAGGCGCUUCUGGCGCGCAGACAUGCAAUGCCGCACCCUUCGCGUCGUCCCUUCAAUCUCCGCCGCCGCUCGUUUUCGUCGCGGACUGCCCGCACGAUUGCGCCGCCAGCAGCAGCUGGCGGUUUGCUGAGUACGCCACGCCGCGAGACGUCUCUCGUCCCCUUCCAGACGAUUUCUGCCAACGCUCCGCCGCCGCCGCCACCAUGAGAGAACCCGGCGCAGGCGCAGCAGCAAUGACGCCUGAAGGCUUCGAGGUUCGGUCUCUCGCGUCAGAGAUCCCGCCCACGUUCUGGGAGGCGCAACAGGCGCAGAAGCAGCAGCGCCCGCACACUGUGCCGCGCAGCGGUAUCCCCUACUUCCGCAGCAGCAGCGGUAGCAGCAGAAGGGCGCCAGGGUCGCCGCUGGGAGCCGCCGGUAAUCCCAAGAACCCCCCCGGUACUGCGCUGGGACGGGCUAGAGCGGACUUGCAAAGGGCGCGGGGGUCGAGAUCACUGGCGGCGAGAGCGUUGCACCACGGAUCGGCCUGUGAAAGCAGCGGCAAGCGUGGAAGUCUCAGUGACGGUGCAAUAAUCAACGGUGGGGAUGCUGCCGCCUCUGCGGCGGCUGGCACUGGGUCUCCUCUGCCGAGCCGAAGGUUCCUGGCUAGGACGUUGAGCGGGUCUGUGGAAUGGCCGUCUCGGCUGGAGAGUCUGUUCAUGAGACCAGGCUCGGGGAAAGGCAAAGCCCUCGGAGACAUCAGUGGAAGAGCAGGGUUUUUCGUGGGCGGUGGAAGGAAAGCACAUGGGGAUAUUGAUGAGAAUGAGGAAGCAACCAUGGCGGACCCGUCGACGGUUCUAGAAGAGGAGUUCGACGAGAACUACGAGCCGACGCAGGAAGAUAUAUUGGAGUACGCGCAAUGGCUGGGGAUGGAAUUGCCGGAGGAGGAGGAGCUGCUGUGGGUGGCGCGGCAGGGGCUCAAGGCGCCGCUGCCGCCCAACUGGAAACCAUGGUGCGCGUCGCUGCCCCCACAGCCCAAGGAGGAGCAUCGCAACAACCUGUUCCGUCAGGGCUCGCUGCAACCGCAAUCCAUGCUGCAGCGGAGGCGCAAGGUCGUCCCCAAGGGAUCAAGAGACGCCUCCCCCGAUUCCCCGAGCGCAGGAGUGCCGCAGGGCCGAGGGCGCCUCUCCAUCACAGACAGCUCAGAGGACGAUAGAGGCAUGGCGCGCGCUGCUGCUGCGUCCCAGCAGCAGAUGCGGCUUCAGCAACAACAGCAGCAACAACAACAGCAGCAACAGCAACAACAACAACAGCAACAGUUUCAGCAGCAGCAGCAACGACAGGCGAGACAGCAGCAGCAGCAGCAGCAGCAGCAGCAGCAGCAGCAGCAGGGGGAGCAAGGGCAAGGGGGUAACCAGCAGAGCAGGAGACCACCUGCAGGUUCGGGAGGGGUAGGUGGAGGUUCGGGCGCUGCUGAUAGGGGAGCGGGGGGUGGAGGUUCGGCAGCUGGAGGGCCGGCAGCAGGUUCGGCAGGAGGUUCGGGGCAGGAGGUAGAGCUGCUGCAUCAGGUCACGUGGUCUCCCGAACCUGGGCAGGGUCGGCGGUCUCCCAUGGCUAGCUCUCUGGCUCGGGCGGGGUCCAUGGGGGCUGCUAUCAAGGGAAAGCCCACAGUUCUGGAAGAAACGGAUGCAGAGGAGUGGGAAACGGGGGAAGCAGGGGGAAACAGGAGACCGGGGAGUUCGGAUAGGGUGGGCGGGGAAGCUGGAGUGGUGGGAGCAGGUGUGAGUGGUGCAGGGGCUGUUGGUAAGGGAGGGGCAGAGGGACGGGAGGGGAGGGAGAGGAGGGAAGAGCGAGGAGAAGGAGUGGGGGGAAGGCAGGAGGGGGAGGGGAAGGAGAGGCGGAGGUCUUUGGAGGGGAGGGGGAGUGGCGUGGGGGGGGAGAGGGCGGGGGAGAGAUCCGCGGAUAGGGGGGAUCCGAGGGAUGGGCGGGGGGGAGAGGGGGCGGGGAGAGGAGGGCCAAAGAGGACUAACAGCACAGAUGCCCAGGGGGGAGCCAUUCAGGGUAACAGUCAGGGCAAUAGUCAGGGCGUGGGGUAUUCUAGAGGAGGAGGCGGUGAGGCGAGUCAAGAUGCACAGCAGAGAGGUGCACGGGCCACACAGUCCGCUGCAGGCAUAGCCAGACAGGUGCGUUUGGGAGCAAGGUUUGAACUUGCAGGGUGUUUUUUGGGAAUUCUCAGAAGCGCUGCCUCUGGGCUGGGCGAUGGGCGGCUUGCGGGGGGGCCGCAAGGGGGAGGGGCGGGGCAAGGAGCGGUGCAGGCUGGUGGCUCUGGUGGGUUACUGGGGGCCGCAGCAGCAGAGAGACAGAAGCGGGAAGGGGAGGAGGUGGCGGGGAAAGGAGGGACUGUGAAGGAGCGUGAGCUGCUCUCCCAGGAACCCAAGGAUGAUGCAGAGGACGACGAGGUAACCCGCCUUCGGGAAGUGGCAGCAGCGGCGCAGAGGCGAAUAGCGCGGUACGAGGCGGAGUGUGACGGGCGCCUGGCAAAGCUCAAGGCGGAGAGGGAGGCGCUGGUGCGGCGGCGAGAGGCGGAGAUCACACGGCUGGCAGAGCAACUGGGCACGCCGUUUGAUGCCGGAGCGCUGACACAGGCGCGCAGUGUAGCAGUGGACGAGGGGCGAGCUCUUAUAACGAGGGAACGCGAUGCAGCCGUGGCAGCAGCAAAGGAGGAGGUGGAGCGGGAGAGGCAGCGGGCCAUGGCUGUGCUGCGAGAGGAAGCUUCCCUGAAGGUGGCGCUGGAGCGGCGGCACCUGCAGGUGGAUCCUCAGGUGGUGGCGCUGGUGAAUCUCGAGGAGGUGGCUCGGCAGCAGGAGUUUCUCAACCGCUGGCGGGCGGCACUGGAGCAGGAGAAUCCGCAAGUCCUAGCCCGAUGGAAAGCAGCAGCAACGGAAGAAGAGCAGCGGAUGCUGGAGAUGGCACGGAGAGAAGCAGCAGUGCGGGUGGAGAGAAUAGUAGAGCAGGAGGAGCGGCGGGAGCGGGAAUCAUCCCUCAAAGGAAUCAGAGAGAGGGUUCGGGCGAAGCUAGGGGAAGAGGAGAGGCGGAUAGUUGCCCAGGAACGGGCAGAAAUGGCGUCCCGUGUUGCCGAAGCUGUCGCGGAGGAUCGGGAGCGGCUUGUGGAGGCUCGGCGGAAGGAGGUGCUGGAUCGGGCGGAGCGGGAGGCUGGGGAGGAGGCGGAGAGGAGGAGACAGGCUCGGUUGCUGGAGGCUUGGAGGAGGGUAGAGGCUGAGGUGGAGGGGGUGCAGGAGGAGGGGUGGGAGAGUGUGGUGGGGAGGGCGAAGGGUGUUGCAGAGGAGGCUGGGAUUUCAAUGGAUGGUGAGAAGGUGAAAUUGCUAGAGAUUGUGCGGUGGUCGCUAGAGGAAGAGAGGAAGGAGUUGAGCGAACAGAGAGUGGCUGAGGUGGUUGAAGCGUUGAAGGAGGAAGAGAGGGAGGUUGUAGCGCGGAUGAAGAAGGAGAAGGGGGUGAAUGGGGAGGUGGUGGGGGCGGAUGGGGUUGGCGGUGCUGUGAGCGCGGCUUUGAAGGCUCGGGCAGAGGAGGAGGCUGCUGGGAAGCUGGAGAGGUUGAGGAAGGAAGCGGAGGAGAGAGUGAGGGAGCAGGUGAGAGGAGAGGAGGCUGCGUUGCUGGUUAGGAGGAGGGGGGAGAUGGAACAGAGGGUGGAAGCGUUGGGUAGAGGAGGGAAGGGCGCGGUGAUUCAGCUAGAGAAAGAUUUUCUGGAAGGGGAGUUGGGGGAGAAAAUUGCACUGAUGAGGAAAGAGGCGGAGGAGAGGGAGGUGCGGGAAAGGGAGAGGCUUAAAGCGAGUAUAGAGAGGAGGUUAGAGGAGGCAGUGGAGGGGGAGGAGAGGGCGAUGGAAGGUGUGGUGGAGGAGAGGAAGAAGGAGAUGAGGGAGAGGGCUAGGCGGGCUGUGCAGGAAGAAGAGAAGAAGCUUCUGGAGGAGAUGCGGGCGCAGGUUCGGAAGAAGGUGGAGGAUAGGUUCGGCGCCGAGGCUGAGAGCUGGGCAGGUUCGGUGAGGGAGGAAUUGAUGGGGCAGGCGAAGAGGGAGGUAGAAGAGGAGGUGGAGGAGUGGAGAAGGAAGGAACUGGCUGGUGCUGGGGUGAAGGGGAGUGGGAGGAAGGGUAGGAAGAGAGGAGGGAAGAAGGGGAAGGAGGACGGGGAAGAGGAGGAGGAUGAAGAUGGGGAGGAGGAGGAAGAGGAGGAGUUGGAGGAGGAAAGGGAGAUGAGGAGGCAAGAAAUGAUGGAGGAAUUAGAAGAGGAGGUGGAGGCAGAGAAGCAGAGGCGGUGGGAGGAGAUGGAGGAAGAUCUUAUCGGCCAAUGGGAGGCCAAGAAAGAGGAGCGGCUCGCUGAGCUGGCGCGGAAGGUGGAUGCUGACGUGGCAGAGGGGUAUGAGAAGCUGAGAAGGGAGAAGGAGGAGGAGAUUGAGCGGAAGAUCUGGGAGCAGAAGGUUGCUGAGGUGGACGGGCAGAUUGGAAAAUUGCUCGAGGAGGAACGGGCAGUUCGGCUGCAAGCUGCCCGAAAAGUCAUGGAUGCGUCGUUGAGAAAACAGAUUGCAAGUGAAAGGGAGGAGAGUCUAGGGCAGAUGAGGAAGGAAUGGGAUGAGAUGGAACCAGAGCAGCAGGAAGCUUGGGCGGUGCAGCAGCGGGAGGAGAAAGGGCGGCGGAUGGAAGAAGAGAUGAAGAGGCGGGUAGAGGAGGAGGUGAGGGAGUAUAGAGAGAGAAUGCUGGCGACAGUGGCGGCAGAGGAGAGGGAGGUGAGGUCGAGAGAGAGCAACAAGAGAGACCUGGUGAGGAUCGAGAGAGAGUAUAAGCGGCAGAGGCAGGAAAUGGAACUGAGGGCGUCACAUGCUCUAGAGGCUUUUAGAACGGAUCUGAGCGUGAGGCUGGAGAGAGAGAAGCUGCGACUGAGACGGGAAGCGAAGCACGCUUUAGAGAGGUAUGAGAUUGAGCUUGAUAUUAAGGUGGAAAAGAAAGUGGAGUCUAUGAGGGUUGAUCUGCAGAUUAGGUUAGAGGCGAUGCGGAGGGAAAUGGAGGUGACGCUGAGGAAGAAGGUGGAGGAGGAGAGGGUGAGGCGGCUGGAGAUUCUGAGUAGAGAGCUGAAAGCGGAGGAGAGGGAGAUGCGGCGAGGGUGGAGGGAGCUUAUGGCUCAGGAGGAGGCCAAGGAGCUAGCGGAUAGGGAGUUCAGGGCAGGGGGCGGCAGGAAGGGCAUGGACAACGGAGACGAGCUUUUUGACGAGGAAGGCGUGCCCUUCAGCGAACGGGCAUCCAUGGUGGAGCAAGCAAAGCUGUUUGCAGCGGAACAGCAGAAAUACCUCAAGGAGCGGCAGGCUGUCAUUGAAGCCGCCCGGCAGGACUGGCAGCGGCAGAUGGCUGCGGCCCAGGAGGUCUCAGAUGAGGACGACAGGCGGCGUCGCAUCCAGCACCUGACGGAUCUUAAAGCCACGCUGGACCAGCACGUUAGGGAGCUGAAUGACGACGCCCGGCAU